AUGUACGUCAAUACCAGCAUACACCAUCCACAACAAGUCCAAGCACGACCAAGAGAUCCGCAACAAGUUAGUCCUGGCGGAGACCAGAUGUUGGCAUUCGAAAGAUUGAACGAUACAGGCGAGCGGGACGAGUAUGAGCUGCGAAGGAAGGUCUUUGACCUCAACAUCCGGUUGAUGAUCGCAGAAGGCCUCGCUCGUGAUGCCGAAACAGCAGCGCGGACAGCUCAAGAAGAGGCACAAAUCUGGAUGAAACGGUUUGAAGAAGCUGAGUCUUACAAGACCAGAUAUGAGGAGGUUAGAGAUAGCUCUGGACUGCAGGAUUAA